AUAAUGUACGUGUUGAGUGCUUUUGAAAGGCUAAUGGAUUCCAGACUUCAAUUUCUAGUACAAAAAAGAGAAGAAACGCGUAAUAUAUUGUUAUACAAUCAUAUUAUUCAACUUUUACAAAAUAAAAAUGUCGGUUGGUUCAGUAGUGAUAAUCUUACCAAUGGAACAUGAUUUGUUGAGUGUUUAACUAAGGCUAUCUGGGUACAUUGAUCCAUAUUUGGAAAAUUGCGUUCAAGAGGAUGUCUUCCUUCAUUAUUUAACUCUCUGCAGGAUGGUGUCUAUAAUUAAUACUAUCAAAGAAUGAAGGAAAAAA